AUGGGACGAGCUACGAUCAAAUCGGGUACCAUAAACUUACUAAACACCAUAAUUGGAGCUGGUAUCCUAGCUAUGCCGUAUGGAUUAAGUACAAAUGGACUUUUAUUUGGAUGUAUAUUAAUAAUAUGUUCUUCACUCACAUCAUCAUUUGGAUUGUACUUACAGAAUAAAGUGGCCAAAUACACUGGCCAACGAGGUUCAGUGUCGUAUUUCAGCUUAGCUCAGUUAACGUAUCCGCAAUUUUCCAUAGUGUUUGACUCAGCCAUAUCGAUUAAAUGUUUUGGUGUUGGUGUUUCUUACCUUGUGGUGAUUGGUGACUUGAUGCCAAAGAUUGUUGAAACGAUAGCUGGAGACGAUGCUGCAGCGAACCAUCCAAUUUUGAUGCAUCGAAACUUUUGGAUUAGUUUGUUUAUGGCGAUUGUUGUUGCACCAUUGUCUUAUUUGAAAAAAUUGAACAGUUUGAAAUACACAAGUUUCGUUGCAUUGUUUUCCGUGGGAUAUUUGAUUUGUUUAGUUAUUGAAAAGUACAUUGCUUUACUGAUACAUAAACAAGGAAAUGGCAAUGGCGAUGACAACAACAAUGUGGGGUUGUUAGCUGCAAGACUGUUUAUACCUGUGCCUGCAGGCAGCAAGAAUAUUGAUUGGAUCGGACCCAAGAGUUGGAGCCUGACAUUGAGUUCAUUCCCUAUGUUUGUAUUUGCAUAUACAUGUCAUCAGAAUAUGUUUGCCAUUAUUAACGAAUUGAAGCCCGAUGCCAAGGAUGGGUCGCAAACACGUCAAUCCAAUUUAAUUAUUCGCAAUGCUAUUGCAACUGCAUUGAUAAGCUACCUAGUAGUGGGGAUUUUAGGAUAUUUAACAUUUGGUAAUGAUGUCAAUGCCAAUAUUAUAUCCAUGUACCCUCGUGAAUCGAUAAGUUCAUUGAUUGGAAGAUUAUGCAUUGUGAUCAUGGUGAGUUUAUCAUUUCCUUUGCAGUGUCAUCCAUGUCGGGGAUCUAUUAACCAUGUGAUACAUUUCAUAACUCAUGGUGUUGACACAUCUCAGGUGAAGAAGAAGAGAAGCAACACCAGUAACAAUAGCAACAAUAGAAGUAACAGCACCACCAAUGUCAGUAUUAGUGGUAGCAUGAUCAACGGCAAUCGAACUGACAGUGGUGCAUACACGGCCUUAACCUCCGAUAUCGAAAGCCUUUCAUCAAUAAAUGAUAGCAGUAUAGUAGAUGAAUCGUUUAUAUCGACAACACCAAUGGAAGGUGCUCAUGACACACAGGGACACGAUCCAAUAGUGGUGCCAUUGACAACAAAGAAAUUUUAUAUAAUAACAUCCAUAAUUGUUGUGGGAAGUUACCUUGUUGCCAUAUUAGUCACUUCGUUGGCGAAAGUGUUGGCGUUUGUUGGAAGUACAGGGUCAACCUCGAUAUCAUUUAUUCUACCGGGAUUAUUUGGAUAUCUAUUAAUUAAACCAAUAGAACAAGGACAAGUUGAAUUAAACAGGUUGGAGAAGUUUUGCAAAUACGGCGGAUUGGUUUUGGCAAUAUGGGGUGUUGCUGUAAUGAUUGUAUGUUUAGGAGCCACAAUCUUCCUUGGUGCUACUCAUUAA